CUGCUGGGAUUCUCGGAGGUCCGGGAGCUGCGGCUGGUCCACGCCGCACUAUUCCUCCUGGUCUACCUGGCGGCCCUGGCGGGGAAUCUCCUCAUCGUCGCCGUCACCGUCCUCGACCGGCGCCUCCACACCCCCAUGUACUUCUUCCUCAGGAACCUGUCCGUCAUCGACCUCUGCUACAUCUCUGUCACCGUCCCCAAAUCCAUCCACGCCUCCCUGACCGACCGUAGAUCCAUCUCCUUCCUGGGUUGUGCCUCCCAGCUCUUCUCGGUGAUUCUGUUUGGUGGUUCAGAGGUGCUUCUCCUCACGGCCAUGUCCUACGACCGCUACGCGGCCAUCUGUCUCCCCCUGCGCUACGAGGUCAUCAUGGACCGAGGGGCCUGUGGGAAGAUGGCAGCCGCCUCCUGGCUCGGCGGGGGGCUGUUUGCACUGAUGACGUCCUCUGGGACGUUCUCCCCACCCUUCUGCGGAUCCGUCCUGAUCCGACAGUUCUUCUGCGAUAUCUCCUCCGUGGUCCGACUCUCCUGCUCCGAAACGCACCUCGUCGUCGAUGUGAUCGUCGUCACUGGGGCCCUUUUGGUCUUCACCUGCUUCGUCUCCAUCGCGGUCUCGUACACGCGUAUCUUCCGGGCCGUGCUGAGGAUGCCGGUCACUGAGGGCCGGGCCAAAGCCUUCUCCACCUGCUUGCCCCACCUCAUCGUCACGACCUUGUUUUUCACCUCGGCUUCCUUCGGUGCCUUACAUCCACCCUCAGACUCCUCCUCAGCUCUGGACCGGCUGGUGUCCGUGUUUUACACGGUGGUGCCUCCCACCCUAAACCCCCUCAUCUACAGCCUGAGGAACCGGGACGUGAAGGCCGCCGUGGGGAGGUUCUUCUGCGAUAUCGCCUCCAUGGUCCGACUUGCCUGCUCCGAAACGCAACUCAUCGUCAAUGUGCUCUUAUUCACCGGGGCCCUUUUGAGCUUCUCCUGCUUCGUCUACAUGGUCAUCUCGUACGUGCAUAUUUUCCGGGCCGGUCCCCAGUGGGGUUGUGACGUGGGGCACGGCAACUAUCCCACCCAAGGUCCCCAAGGUCCCCGGCUGCGCCUGGUCCGAACAGGACAUAAUGAGGCCUCUCAGCCCAACCUGUGA